CCUCCCACGCCCGCCAUGCCAGUGCCCACAGAGGGUGUCCCACCAGCCCUGAGCGGCACCCCAGCCCCGGUCCCCGCCUACUUCCGCCACGCAGAACCCGGCUUCUCCCUCAAGAGGCCUGGGGUGCUCAGCCGGAGCCUCCCGCCCCGGCCCCCUGCCAAGGGCAGCGUCCCCAUUAGUCGCCUCUUCCCCUCACGGACCCCGGGCUGGCACCAGCCCCAGCCCAGGAGAGUGUCCUUCCGGGCCGGGGCCUCCGAGACCCUGCACAGCCCUGGCUAUGACCCGGGCCGGCCGCAGUCGUUCUUCCAGCAGUGCUUCGAGGAGCUCGGCCGCCUGGGCCACGGCUCCUACGGAGAGGUGUUCAAGGUGCGCUCCAAGGAAGACGGCCGGCUCUAUGCCGUCAAGCGCUCCAUGUCGCCUUUCCGCGGCCCCAAGGACCGCGCCCGCAAGCUGGCCGAGGUGGGCGGCCACGAGAAGGUGGGGCGGCACCCGCGCUGCGUGCGGCUGGAGCGCGCCUGGGAGGAGGGCGGCGUGCUCUACCUGCAGACCGAGCUGUGUGGGCCCAGCCUGCAGCAGCACUGCGAGGCCCGGGGCGCCGGCCUGCCCGAGGCCCAAGUCUGGGGCUACCUGCGGGACGCGCUGCUCGCCCUGGCCCACCUGCACGGCCACGGCCUGGUCCACCUCGACAUUAAGCCUGCCAACAUCUUCCUGGGGCCUCGGGGCCGCUGCAAGCUCGGGGACUUCGGGCUGCUGGUGGAGCUGCACGCGGCCCGGGCCGGGGAGGCCCAGGAGGGGGACCCCCGGUACAUGGCCCCCGAGCUGCUGCAGGGCUCCUUCGGGACAGCGGCCGAUGUGUUCAGUCUGGGUCUCGCCAUCCUGGAAGUGGCCUGUAACAUGGAGCUGCCCCAUGGUGGGGAGGGCUGGCAGCAGCUGCGUCAGGGCUACCUGCCCCCCGAGUUCACUGCGGGCCUGUCUUCUGAGCUGCGCACGGUCCUCGCCACGAUGUUGGAGCCGGACCCCACGCUGCGGGCCACGGCCGAGUCCCUGCUGGCCAUGCCCGCGCUCAGGCCGAGACCCUGGAGCGUCCUGUGGUACAUGGCGGCUGACGCCCUGAGCCGCGGGUGGGCCCUGUGGCAGGCCCUGCUAGCCCUGGUCUGCUGCCUCUGCCACAGGCUGGCCCACCCUGCCAGCUGGCUGCAGCCGCCGGCACCGCCGGCCACCCCUCCCAGCUCACCACCCUGCAGCUUCCUCUUGGACAGCAGCUUUGCUAGCACCUGGGAGGACAACAGCUUCCGGUCCUCGCUCUCCCCAGGCACCGUCCUGGCCAGAACUGCCAGGAGCACCUGCACCCCCCACAGCACUUUCACUCCUGGGGUGUCAUUUCUCUCUCCUCUCCCUUCCUCCAGGGACCCCCUGGACCUGAGUGACGUCGACUCAGCACCUCCCCGGGGGUCUUUCCCCUCUUUUGAGCCCCGGAACCUCCUCAGCCUAUUUGAGGACUCACUGGACCCCACCUGA